GAUGCCGCCCCCCACCACGAUGCCGCCCCGGGCAACCGCCCGUGUCGCCCGUAUCUAAAACCGCUACUGGGUUAAGGACCUUCUACAGCUCUGUCCAGCUCUGCUUUAGUAACUGCCUGUGUUCUGGAACACUGCACUGAUAGCAACAUUUAUCCCCGCAGUCCUACUACUGCACAAGUAUUUCACAGAUUUUUUCAUGUAUAAAGGACAAAUAUAAGAGCAAAUAUUCAAAAGCCAAGUAGAGAUAUAAUAUUUACUAAUAAGUGUUUCUGAGAAGCACAAGUCAUUUCUCAUUAUAAUAUCUGAUUCUUUGAACACAGCUCAAACAGUCUAACCUGUCAAACCGGUCACAGUGAUGUAACGAAGGUGUGGAGAAACAUGCAAGCAUGUAGAGAGGAAGCAGUGUUCCUUCACUUUAUCCUAUAAAGGUUUACAGAGCAAGACAGCUGUUGUAUACAGAAGUGCUCGGGACACCAGAGAGCUGCACACUGAUGGAUUUUGUGGCUGAAAGUCCACCCGAGCAGCAGCAGCAGCAGCACAUGCCACACUCUAAUGGACCUGCUGGACCUGAAACUGGAAAUAAACUAAAUUCUGUGUCCAUGAAAACUGACCAGCCAAUGGAGUCUCAUUUAAAAAAAUGUGCUGAUGGAAGGAUUGAUCACAGACUACAAUCUUCUGGAUUUUCACCCAGCUGUGUCUCCUUCAACAGCAACAAGUCAAAAAGCAUGAUUUAUAGGUUUAAAAAGCAAGAUCCUGAUGAGCUGAAGAUUGAGGACUGGGAGAACUCAGAGGAUCAAAGUCAUCAGUUUGACCUGGACUCCAUAUUUAGGCAACUGGAGGACAAUAUUAUCUCUUUUGUGAAAAAUGAAUUGAAAAACCUGCAGAAGAGUGUGAGUCCAGAUAACUCAGAAGGCAAUGAGUUUGAGGAUGACAGGUUUUUGGGGUGUGACGAUAAACAGCAGAAAGAGUCAUUUCUGAAGAUCGCACUGCACUUCCUAAGAAAAAUGAACCGGGGGAAGCUGGCUGACUGUCUACAGAACAAAUGCCAUGCUGCAGUUUGUCAGCAUAAAUUUAAAUACAGUCUGAAGAUGAAAUUUCAGUGUGUCCUUGAGGGCAUUUCUAAAGCAAGAAACCCUACCCAUCUGAAUCAGAUCUACACUGAACUCAACAUCACAGAUGGGGAUACUACAGAGGUCAAUAAUGAACAUGAAGUCAGACAGCUUGAAACAUCAUCCAGGAAAGUAGACAGGCCAGAAACAACAAUCAAACGAGAAGACAUUUUUAAAGGUUUACCUGGAAAAAAGGAAGUGAUCAGAACAGUGCUCACAAAGGGAGUGGCCGGCAUUGGGAAAACAGUCUUAACUCAGAAGUUCACUCUGGACUGGGCUGAAAACAUAAGCAACCAGGACAUCCAGUUUACAUUUCCAUUUACUUUCAGAGAGCUGAAUGUACUGAAAGAGAAAAACUUCAGCUUGGUGGAACUUGUUCAUCACUUCUUUACUGACAUAAAAAAAGCAGGAAUCUGCAGCUUUGAUGAGUUUCGGGUCAUGUUCAUCUUUGACGGUCUGGACGAGUGUCGAUUUUCUCUGGACUUUCACAACACUGAGAUCCUGACUGACGCUACACAAUUUGCCUCAGUGGAUGUGUUGCUAAUAAACCUCAUCAGGGGUAAUCUGCUUCCCUAUGCUCACCUCUGGAUAACCACACGGCCUGCAGCAGCCAGUCAGAUUCCUCCUGAGUUUGUUGACAUGGUGACAGAAGUCAGAGGGUUCACCGAUGAACAGAAAGAGGAGUACUUCAGGAAGAGAUUCAAAAAUGAAGACCAGGCCACAAGCAUUGUUUCCCACAUCAAGUCAUCACGGAGCCUACACAUCAUGUGCCACAUCCCAGUCUUCUGUUGGAUCACUGCUACAGUUCUGGAUGAUGUACGGAAGACUAGAGAGGGAGCAGAGCUACCAAAGACUCUGACUGAGAUCUACAUCCAUUUCCUGGUGGUUCAGUCUAAAGUAAGGAAGAUCAAGUAUCAUGGUGAUGCUGAAACAGAUCCACACUGGAAUUCAGAGAGCAAGAAGAUGAUUGAAUCUCUGGGAAAACUGGCUUUUGACCAGUUACAGAAAGGAAACCUGAUCUUUUAUGAAUCAGACCUGAUGGAGUGUGGCAUCGAUAUCAGAGCAGCCUCGGUGUACUCAGGAGUGUUCACACAGAUCUUUAAAGAGGAGAGCGGACUGUACCAGGACAGGGUGUUCUGCUUCAUCCAUCUGAGUGUUCAGGAGUUUCUGGCUGCUCUUCAUGUCCAUCUGACCUUCAUCAACUCUGGUAUUAAUCUGCUGGAAGAUCAGCUAAAAAUGCCUUUAUUGUCUAAACUGUUUAAAGAAAGAAAUUAUUUAAAAUAUCUCCACCAGAGUGCUAUUGACAAGGCCUUGGAAAGUCCAAAUGGACACCUGGACUUGCUCCUCCGAUUCCUCCUGGGUCUUUCAACUCAGACCAAUCAGGGUCUCCUUCGAGGCUUGCUGACAGACACACAAAGACAUUUUGAAAGCAAUCAGGAAACAAUCCAGCACAUUAAGAAGAAAAUUGGUGAGAAUCUGUCUGCAGAGAAAAACAUCAAUCUCUUCCACUGUCUCAAUGAACUGAACGAUCGUUCUCUAGUGGAGGAGAUCCAACAGUCUCUGAGAUCAGGAAGUCUCCCUAUAGAUAAACUGUCUCCAGCUCAGUGGUCAGCUCUGGCCUUCAUCUUACUGUCAUCAGAAAAUGAUCUGGAUGUGUUUGACCUGAAGAAAUACUCUGCUUCAGAGGAGGCUCUCCUAAGGCUGUUGCCUGUGGUCAAAGCCUCAAGAAAAGCCGUAUUGACUUUCUGCACUCUUGCAAAGAGAAGUUUUGAGGCCUUGUCUUCAGUUUUUACUUCUGAGUCCUCUAGACUGAGAGAACUGGACCUGAGUAACAACAACCUUCAGGAUUCAGGAUUGAAGCUAUUAUCUGCUGGACUUGGGAGUCCACAGUGUAUACUGGACAAUCUCAGGCUGAAUGGCUGUUUCAUAACAGAACAAAAUGUUGGCUCCCUGGCCUCAGUUCUCAGCUCCCAAACCUGCAGCCUGAGAGAGUUGGACCUGAGUAACAACAACCUGCAGGAUUCAGGAGUGGAACAACUGUCUUGUAGCUUGCAGGGUCCUUCCUGCAUGCUAGAAACUCUGAGACUGAGUGUCUGUAACCUCUCUGAAACAAGCUGUGCAGCCCUGUCCUCAGUUCUCAGCUUGCAAUCAUCUAGUCUCAGAGAGCUGGAUGUGAAUAAUAACAACCUGCAAGAUUCAGGAGUAAAAUUGCUGGUCAUAGGACUGAAGAAUCCACACUGUAGACUGGAAACUCUCAGGAUAUCAGGCUGUUUGAUUACAGAGGAAGGCUGUGCUUCUCUAGCCUCAGCCCUGACUUCUAACCCCUCUCAUCUGAGAGAGCUGGACCUGAGCUACAAUCACCCAGGAGACUCAGGAAAAAGGCUGCUAUCUUCUGGGCUUGAAGAUCCCCGUUGGAGACUACAGAGUCUCAGGUUGGAGCCUGCUGGUGUCCAGUGGCUCAGACAAGGUCUGAGGAAGUAUUUCUGUCAGCUCACAGUCAACACAGAUACAGUAAACAGAAACCUCAAACUGUCUGACAACAACAGGAACGUGACAUACGUGAAAGAAAAUCAGUCAUAUCCUGAUCAUCCAGACAGAUUUGACCAGAAUCAUCAGCUGCUGUGCAGAGAUGGUCUGACUGGCCGCUGUUACUGGGAGGUUGAGUGGAGUGGAGGUGUGCAUAUAUCAGUGAGUUACAAGAGAAUCAGCAGGAGAGGAGAAAGAAAUGACAGUUGGUUUGGAGGGAAUCCUCAGUCCUGGAGUCUGUUCACCGAUGGUGGUUACUCUAUCUGGCAUGAUACAAAAGGAACAUCCAUCCCUUCCUGUUCCUCUUCUUCCUCUGUCUCUGGCAGAGUAGCAGUGUAUGUGGACUGUCCCGCUGGCAUUCUGUCUUUUUACAGAGUCUCCUCUGACGAGCUGAUCCACCUCCACACCUUCAACACCACGUUUGAUGUUGAUGAACCUCUGUAUCCUGGGUUUGGACUCUGGUCUUGGUCUUACUUAUCACUGGCUUCCUCGGUACGUUUGUGUUCUUUGCAGAAAUAAUUCACUUUUGUUAAAUAAACUCAGACUGUUGACUGUGUCACACUGGUCAGGAUCACACACAGCUA